AUGAUGGGCGACGGUCUUCGAGCUCGAAUAUAUCGACACCAAGCUCCACUCUUUCUCGCUAAACCGUACCUUGGCCUCGUCAGCGACUUGACGUGGGAUCCGAAUCGAGCAAGCCCGAUUGGCGACUCCCCACGAGAACUUGUCAGCUUGGCUGGUCUCGUGACGCCCUGUCAAUCGACGCAAGUUGUCUUGUCCACCGUUUGGAUCGUACACCUUCAUUGCCUCCAAAUGCGUCUUCUCCAACCCUUUCAUCGCUUCGAAGAUUGCGGUGAGACCAUUCGGUUUGCGCAUUUCCGACGUGGAGAAGUUUGUGUGACAUCCGGCGCCAUUCCAAUCACCCAUUGUGACUUUUGGCUUGGGAUCGAGCGAGAUACAAACUCCGAACAUCUCAGCGACACGGUGGAGAAUGUAUCUGGAGAUCCAGAGCUGAUCUCCCAUAUCGAUUCCUUCGCAGGUUCCAAUCUGGUAUUCCCAUUGUCCUGGAGUUACUUCCGCGUUUGCACCGAAGAUGUUAAUACCGGCAUGAAGGCAUGCGCGGUAGUGAGUCUCGACGACUUCGCGUCCGAAAGCACGGUCGGCGCCAACACCGCAGUAAUACUUUCCUUGUGGUGCUGGGUAACCAUGCUUCGGCCAUCCGAGUGGAUGCUCAUCUCUGUCGACAAUCAGGUAUUCUUGCUCCAUUCCGAACCAUGGAUGUUGAUCGGCAACUUGUUUCAUGAUGGCGGCACAUGCUUGACGAUGAUUGGUGACUGA